CAUAUCUCCAUAAAGCGGUCGUUAAAAUCGCACACGGGAGCCGUUUCGGUUGUUUCUAGAAAUAAACAAAAAACGACAGCUUCAUGCUAAGUGGUGAAGAUAAAAACGACGUAACAUAUAGGAUAACGCGGGCUAAUGAAAUGAGCGUCAUAAUCCAAAAUGGCCGAAAGAGUUGUAGUUUGGAUAUUCUUGUUGGACAGAUGACGGACUCCACGAAGCCUCCUGGGCUCAAGAGGAGCACCGAAGACUCACUGGAGCUCAAUGAGUUUUUGGAAAGGAUGACAGAAGACAUGGAAAAAAUAUCAGUGCAGCUAACGUGGAUGGCUUAUGACAUGGUGGCCCUGCGGACCAACCCCCAACUGUGGAGCUCCAUGCAGCAACUGGAGGAGGCUCAUCGCCAGUGCUCGGUGGCUGUGAAAGGAAACUCACAACAGGACCCACGCAGUUAGAUGUGAUGUUUUCAUUCCAUAAUGUAAUUUCCAUAUUGUUAUUUUUUUUCCCAAGAAGAAGCUGGAAUACAUUAAUGUACAUUAUAAGCAUUAGACUCAUGCAUUGAUAUAGACUGUGCCUUAAGUGUAAGAUCAUUUCCUGUCAAAUUCUGCUAAAGUUCAAAUAAAUAAA